AUGCCCUUGAAAGUCGUCAUCGCACCUAAUGGUUGGACGGUGGACGAGGAUGAAAUGAGCGUUGAGGAAAUCUGGGGCCAGGACGGAGAUGGCACUAUGGCUGCUAGAGAGCUCGGUCUUACCGACCUGAAGCCGCAAAUGGUCAAGAGCCGUAUCGCCGGCGGUGAUGUAUACCUUUUCACGGCAGCCGGGGGCAGGUGUUACUUCUGGAACAUGCUAGAGAACACUAUACUGGAGUGCGUCUACCCAAAAGGCCUUGAAAAUAUCUUGGACAGUAUGUGGGAGAGUGAUACUCGUAAUUUGGAGUUUAGGGCAGUCGGUUAG